UAUCCAUCCCAUUCUUCCAUCUCAUCAACAUCGCUCGCACCGCAUCAACAUACCAAUGCCAGCAUCGAUAGGUCGCCCAUUCGGACGGCCGCCGCCGAUCGUGGCAGACGUGCAUACGCUGCCGUCGGCCUCGGGCGUCGCCGAGGCGUCGUCGGACUUGUGGUCGGCCCUCCUCCCCCGCAGCCGCACAAGCGACAAGCCGGCCCGUAUCGCCGUCGCGGUCGAGUGGCAGCCCGAGCGCCGCGUCGCGUCCGUCAAGACCAAGACGAGCCGCCUCGUCACCUGGGUCGUGCCCAAAGCCGGCGAGACCUCGGCGGCUAGCCCUCGGCCUCGGCUCUACGUCCCGGCGCAGCUGUUGCCGCCCUUCAUGCCGACGCCUACGACUGUGACCGUGUACUGGCACGACCCAGUGACUCUGAGCCUGGUCGUUGUGCAGCCCACGGGCAACGACGAGCUCACUGCCGCCGACCUGGCACCGUUCUACGACGACGCGACCGACGCCGAGAACGAGGGCAAAGCCAACGGCUCGGUCCACUUUUCGUUUGAUGACGAGCCGGCGUCGCGCGCGGGGACCAUCUUCCGCGAGGGCGGCACCGUGCCGCUCACGCAGGGGUCGGCGUUCCGCGUGCUCAUGUGCGAGCCGGUCCAGCAAGGCCUGAUUUCGAGCUCGACACGGAUUAUUGUCGCCGAGCGGCCGAAGGGGCAACACGCCGACGAAGACACAUCUGAGAGCAUUGCGCCGACGCACAAGUCGAUGGUGGACGAGUUUGACCCCGACACGUUCCUCGCCUCGUCGUUGGCGAUCUCGCUCGCGCAGCUCGCAGACGAGGGCGACCUCCCCCCGCCGCAGGAAGAGCGCGUCGACUCGAGCUCGGACCGCGGCUCGGAGCUCACAGCGUCGCUUACUACGUCUGGGAGCAUCACGCCGCGCCCGGGACGGCGGACGCCGUCUCCUGUCGCUGCGCCCGCCGACGUGCUCCACCCGCUCGACUCGCCCACCGACGACGGCGGCAUGAAGUUUAUCGCUGUGCGCUCGACGGGGCGCGGCGUGCCCGUCGAAGGGUCAAACGACGACGACGUGUGCUACGCGGGCGUGUGGGCGCUGGGCUGCGCCGGCGUGUUCGAGGGCGACUGGGUCACGAUCAAGGCGAGCUCUGAAGGUGGCCCGUCGCGUACGCGCCUGGCCCGAGUCGUCGCAUGGGAGCGCUUGGAUCAGGAGGACAGCGAGCUACCACCAAAUACUAUUCUCAUCCCGCCCUCGCUCUUCCGUGCCCUCUUCCCGGUGCAGAGCACGAGCACCGAGGUGACCGUGCAGCCGACGUCAUUUGGCGCACGCCGGCCAACACUUCCUGUCGCGCAGAAGAUUUCCAUCGCGCGUGUCGCGACUGCCGAAGGCGUGGACAAGCGCUACGAGCGGUCCUGGCUCAAGGGUCUGCGCAACCACUUCACGACCAAGGAUGUCGACGGCGAGAGGGUGCAGCGUCUCGUCCGGCGGGGCGACAUUAUCGCCGUGCCCGUGUGGCAGGACAAGCCACUGGCCGAGGGCGAGGAGCUGGAGGCAGAAGAAGACGGCGACGACUCGGACAACGAGGACGGCGUGGUUGCCCGCAAGCCGACACAUCCAAAGCCGACGGCGCUCGCCUACUUUGUCGUCACGUCGCUGACGUUCGAGCCGCUCGUGCCGCUCGAAGACGACUUUUCGUCCUCGUCAGCAUCCAAGGCACGUGCUGGAGAGCUGGGCUGCUGGGUCGACGCCGACGUUGGCGGCGACACGAGCAUGGUGCUUGGCGGUCUCGAGCGCGAGCGCGUGUGCCACCGCGGUGGCGACCUGUUGUGGAACGGUCUUGCCGCACCCCCAGCGCCAUACUCCACCGCCGCUGUGUCGACUAUGCGCGACCUGGUCCGCUCGGCGUUCUCGAACAACGCUCUCGCGCGCCUCUUCCCACUCUCGGUACUCGUCAAGGGCGCUCGUGGGUCGGGCAAGCGCUCGUUUGUGCGCGCCGUCGCCGACGAGCUGGGCCUGAGCGUCAUCGACGUCCCAUGCUUCGACAUUGUAGGCGACACGCCGCAGGCGACGGAGGGCACUCUUCGUGCGCGUCUCGACAAGGCACGGUCAUGCGCCCCAGCUGUCCUCCUCCUCUCCCAGCUGGAAGCUUUCGCCCCGCCCUCCAGUGGUGGCUCGGCCCCUCCUACCCGCCCACCCCCAAUCGUCAAGGUCAUCGAGGACAUCCUGGCCGAAUGCCGCAAGUCGGCGGUGGAGACAGGGCAGCCCGUCGUGCUGGUCGGCACGACCUCCAACUCGGAGGGCGUCCCGCGCGACAUGCUCGCGUGCUUCAAGCACGAGAUUGCGCUGCCCGCACCGUCCGCGCCCGAGCGCGAGGUGAUCCUCGGCACGACGCUCGGCUCGACGCCGCUCGCGCCCGACGUCGUCGUCUCGCACGUCGCAGCACAGGCUGCGGCCCUGAACGCUGGCGACCUCGUGAGCUUGAUCGACCGUGCACGGGACACGGCGCUCGCGCGUGCAUGCUCUUCGGCGCCUUCCGCCUCUGACGCACUCCUCGCCGGCGUGUCCCUCACAGCGGCCGACCUGACUGCGGCGUUGGGCGACGCGCGUGCCUCGUACGCCGACAGCAUCGGCGCCCCGCGUAUCCCCAACGUGUCAUGGGACGACGUUGGUGGCCUCGCGGCCGUCAAGAACGACAUUCUCGACACUGUGCAGCUCCCGCUCGACCACCCCGAGCUCUUUGCUGACGGCAUGAAGAAGCGCUCAGGUAUUCUCCUGUACGGACCACCAGGUACUGGCAAGACGCUUCUCGCCAAGGCCGUCGCCACGUCUUGCGCGGCCAACUUCUUGUCCGUCAAGGGCCCCGAGCUGCUCAACAUGUACAUUGGUGAAUCGGAAGCCAACGUCCGCAGGGUGUUCGAAAAGGCGCGCGACGCGUCCCCAUGUGUCAUCUUCAUGGACGAGCUGGAUUCCGUCGCGCCCAAGCGUGGCAACCAGGGCGACUCGGGCGGCGUGAUGGACCGUAUCGUGUCCCAGCUGCUCGCCGAGCUGGACGGCAUGGCGAGCGGCCGCGGCCAGGUGGUGGUCAUGGCAGCGACCAACCGACCCGACCUGCUCGACCCGGCGUUGCUCCGCCCAGGCCGUUUCGAUCGCAUGCUGUACCUCUCUGUGCCGGAGACGCACGCGGCGCAGCGCGACGUGCUUGCGGCGCUCACGCGCAAGUUUACGCUCGACCCCGCGCUGUCGCUCGACGCGGUCGCCGAGCGCCUGCCGUUCACGUACACCGGUGCAGACCUGUACGCGCUGUGUGCGGACGCGAUGCUGUCGUCGAUGACGCGUGUCGCGGGCGCGAUCGACAAGCGCGUUGAGGAGCUCGACGCGGCCCCCGCGCCACGCAACUACCCCACGCCGUUGACGGUGCAGUACUACCUCGCGUCGAUGGCCACCAAGGAGGAAACCGACGUGAUCGUCAAGGAGGACGACUUUGUGCAUGCCCUCGAGCGCCUGCUGCCGUCUGUCAGCGCCGACGAGAUGGCGCACUACCGGCGCGUGCAGGAGGAGUUUAAGGGAUUCUCGAUUGGCGCGGAUAAGCAGUAGCAGCAGCAUUAGUAGGAUAGAUAUCAAUGAAGCAUCAUACCCAGGGCGGGC